GUUCCCUCAGAGAUAUGGAGGCUAGAGAAGAAACCCAGGCCAUGGGCAUCAGCCCCAUGGAGCAAGAGGCCACAUCCCCUGAGGCCCCAGCCAUAGAGGAGUCCCCAAGCCCACCCAGAGAAGAUGUGAGUCCAUCCACAGUGCCAGCACCCCCUGAGUCCCCAGAAGGUCCUGAGGAUAUGGAGGGGCAGGAGUUGGAGAUGGGGCCCCAGGAUGAAGAGAAAGAGGAAAAGGAAGAAGAGGCAGCCAUUGCCAGUCCCUGGAGUGGACCAGAGGAGCUGGAGCUGGCACUGCAGGACGGGCAGAGGUGUGUGCGGGCCCGACUGAGCCUCACUGAGGGUCUAUCCUGGGGCCCAUUCCAUGGGAGCAUCCAGACCAGAGCCUUAUCCCCUGAGCGGGAAGAACCGGGCCCAGCUGUGACCCUGCUGGUGGAUGAGGCCUGCUGGCUAAGGAUGCUACCCCAGGCCCAGACUGAAGCUGAAGCCAACUCUGAGAUCUACAGGAAGGAUGACGCCCUCUGGUGCAGGGUCACCAAGGUGGUGCCUUCUGGUGGACUUCUACGUGUGCUCCUUAUGACUGAGCCUGGCAGUACUCCCAGACACCCUGUGAAGGAACCAGUCGAACCUGGAGGCCCAGCCCCAGCACACACAGACAUCCAGCUGCUGCCCCAGCAGGCCGGCAUGGCAUCCAUCCUCGCUACUGCCGUCAUCAACAAAGAUGUCUUCCCCUGCAAAGACUGUGGGAUCUGGUACCGUAGUGAGCGGAACCUGCAAGCCCACCUGCUCUACUACUGCGCCAGCCGCCAGCGUGCAGGCUCCCCUGCCUCAGCGACUGAGGAAAAGCCCAAGGAGACCUACCCCAAUGAGCGUGUCUGCCCCUUCCCCCAGUGCCGAAAAAGCUGCCCCAGCGCCAGCUCGCUGGAGAUCCACAUGCGCAGCCACAGUGGAGAGCGUCCCUUUGUGUGCCUCAUCUGCCUGUCAGCCUUCACCACCAAGGCCAACUGCGAACGCCACCUCAAGGUGCAUACGGACACACUCAGCGGUGUCUGUCACAACUGUGGCUUCAUAUCUACCACAAGGGACAUCCUCUACAGCCACCUGGUGACAAACCACAUGGUGUGCCAGCCAGGCUCCAAGGGUGAAAUCUACUCACCAGGGUCUGGACACCCAGCAGCCAAACUUCCUCCAGACAGCCUGGCAAGCUUCCAGCAGCACUCAUUGAUGCACGGCACCCUGGCUCCCGCUGACAAGGCACCCACCCCAUCCUCAGGACUAGACAGUAAGGCCUUGGCUGAAGUCACCAACGGAGAGUCCAGAGUGCCCCCCCAAAAUGGGGGCAGUAGCGAGUCCCCAGCAGCCCCCAGAACCAUCAAAGUGGAGGCUGCAGAAGAGCCUGAAGCGACUCGUGCCUCAGGUCCGGGAGAGCCGGGUCCCCAGGCUCCUUCUAGGACACCUUCACCGCACAGUCCCACUCCAGUCAGAGUGAAGACAGAACUGUCCAGCCCCACACCAGGCUCCAGCCCAGGACCUGGAGAACUAGCAAUGGCUGGGACACUCUUCCUGCCACAGUAUGUGUUCGGUCCAGAUGCAGGCAAUACCACCGGCCCUGCAGCGCCACAGGCCUCGGAGAUCCUGGCCAAGAUGUCCGAGUUGGUGCACAGCCGGCUGCAGCAGGGUGCGGGGAGCUCUGGGGCAGUGGGAACGCCCACUGGCCUCUUCCCAGGGACUAAGGGAGCCACGUGCUUUGAGUGCGAGAUCACCUUCAACAACAUCAACAACUUCUACGUGCACAAGCGCCUCUACUGCUCUGGUCGCCCCUGCCACUCUGCCUGCACUGGCCGACUACCAUGAGUGUACCGCAUGUCGCGUAAGCUUCCACAGCCUCGAAGCUUACCUGGCUCACAAGAAAUACUCGUGCCCUGCUGCGCCUUUGCGCACUGCUGCCCUCUGCCCCUACUGCCCGCCCAACGGGCACGUGCGCGGAGACCUGGUGGAGCACUUGCGCCUGGUGCACGGCCUGCAGGUAGCCAAGCCAGCAGCCAACCCAGGUGCUGAGCCCCGCACACCGGCCGAACGUGCUCCGCGUGACAGUCCCGAUAGCCGGGCACCACGCACCCCAUCCCCAGUUCCUGAGAACACGCCUUCUGACCCCACAGACCAAGGUGUGCGGACGCCCUCCAAGGGCCCGCCCGCAUCAGCUCCUGCAUCAGGUGGUGGUGGUGGCCACCGCUACUGCCGCCUGUGCAACAUCAGGUUCAGCAGCCUGUCCACCUUCAUCGCACACAAGAAGUAUUACUGCUCCUCUCACGCCUCCGAGCACGUGAAGUGAGUCUGCGGGGCCGCACCGCCUGGACCCUUGGCACUUAAUAAUAAAGACGUUUGGUGUGACAAGCUCGCUGACAGGCCAGCCUGUUGUCUUAGAUUCAGUGGGCCUCAAUCCAUACCCCAGCCUGUGCAGACCUGCAACGGGCACCCCACCGUUUCCUCCAGGACCUAGCCCGUUCCAAAGGCUCAACCACCCAAUACAGAGCUCUUUUCCUCUGCUUCUAGCUCACCCUCAGCCCUGCCACCAUGCGCGUCCAAUUGCAGGCCCCUAGGGAGAAUGAAACCUUGUACUUGCUGAAUCUGCAAGGAAAGGCACCAAGUGCCAAAGGGCCCCUCCCGUCGAAACCUGGAUGGGUCCCUAUGACUACUGAGUUGGCAAUGGGGUACCCACCUGUAGUCUGUUACUUGCUGGCUAUAGACCAUGCCUGGCAGAGCGCAUCCAACCUUGGUCUAGCCAUUGCCUUGGCCUCUUCUUUACUUGGUCCCCUAAGAAGGCAAACAUGCCUGUUCUCUAACUCUGUAAGUCUUAAGUGGCAGCUAUAGAGGCUGGAAGUACCUCUGGGGACCUAGAGCCUGGUUUGCCUCUCACCCAGCCCUCUAAGUUGACCUGCUAAUGGACCUGGGUUUGCACAAAAAUAAAUAUUCCUGAGAGUCAUUCACA